GUGAGUCACCUAGAAGCCACGCCCCUCCUCAGGCCGCACGUCACCGAGAAGCUCCUCCUCCCACCCAAGGAAAUGCUUGCGGGUGAGAAUCAGCUCACAACAUGGGAGAAGGAGCUUCCCAAUUCAGGCCCCCAGCACCAUGACGGUUUCAUACACCCUCAAAGUGGCGGAGGCUCGCUUCGGAGGCUUCUCGGGCUUGCUUCUCCGCUGGAGGGGAAGCAUCUACAAGCUCCUCUACAAAGAGUUCCUGCUGUUCAUCGCCCUGUAUGCUCUGCUCAGCGUCACCUACCGGCUGCUGCUGACCCAGGAGCAGAGGCAUGUGUAUGCCCAGGUGGCCCGGUACUGUAAUCGUUCUGCAGAUCUCAUCCCCUUAUCCUUUGUACUGGGUUUCUACGUGACCCUGGUGGUGAACCGCUGGUGGGCGCAGUACACAAGCAUCCCGCUGCCAGACCAGCUGAUGUGCGUCAUCUCGGCCAGCGUGCACGGCGUGGACCAGCGCGGCCGCCUGCUGCGCCGCACCCUCAUCCGCUACGCCAACCUGGCGUCCGUGCUGGUGCUGCGCUCGGUCAGCACGCGCGUGCUCAAGCGCUUCCCCACUAUGGAGCACGUGGUGGACGCAGGUUUCAUGUCCCAGGAAGAGAGGAAAAAGUUUGAGAGCCUGAAAUCCGAUUUCAACAAGUACUGGAUCCCCUGCGUCUGGUUUACUAACCUGGCGGCCCAGGCCCGGCGGGAUGGGCGAAUCCGUGAUGACAUUGCUCUCUGUCUGCUCCUGGAAGAGCUGAACAAGUACCGGGCCAAGUGCAGCAUGCUGUUCCACUAUGACUGGAUCAGCAUACCUCUCGUCUACACCCAAGUGGUGACCAUAGCAGUAUAUUCCUUCUUUGCCCUCUCCCUGGUGGGCCGCCAGUUUGUGGAGCCGGAGGCAGGGCCGGCCAAACCUCGGGAGCCUUUAGAGCCGGGCCAGGAGGCAGCAUCCACCCUGGGGGACCUGGACAUGUACGUGCCUCUCACCACCCUGCUGCAGUUUUUCUUCUACGCAGGCUGGCUCAAGGUGGCCGAACAGAUUAUCAACCCCUUUGGCGAGGAUGAUGACGACUUUGAGACCAACCAGCUCAUAGACCGCAACUUGCAGGUGUCUCUGUUAUCAGUGGAUGACAUGUACCAGAACCUGCCACCCGCCGAGAAGGACCUGUACUGGGACGAAGACUCGGCUCAGCCGCCCUACACGGUGGCCACUGCGGCCGAGGCUCUGCGGCCUUCCUUCCUGGGUUCCACCUUCAACCUUCGCGUGAGCGACGACCCCGAGCAGAACGUGCAGGUGGAGGCGUCCCCAGGGUCCGCUCGGCCGCUGAACGCCACGCAGACCCCGCUGCUUGGCCACUUCCUGGCUGCAGGAGCACCCUCCCCCGCCAUCAGCCUCAGGACCUUCGGCCGCGCCCGAGGAGCCCCCCGCACCCCGCAUCUGCUGCGCUUCCGAGCGGAGGAGAGCGGCGACCCCGAGGCUGCAGACCGCAUUGAGGAGGCAUCGGUGGGGUCAGAGGAGGCCAGGGAGCCCUGAUCAUUGGCCUCUGAUCAGGGCUCCGUCCUGCCUGCCUCCGCUUACUUCCCAACCCCCUGCUGACCUCCAGCGCUAUUACAGCGCUUGCUGUGUGUCCGAGCCUGAGAAUUUGGGGACGGACCUUUAAAGAGGAAGAUGUCGGGGCCAGCGCCAGGGCUGGGAAUGUGUCUGUUUUGGCGGGAGAAGGUAGGAUGGCUUGCUUGCGGAAGGUGAGGCUAGGAUACAUGGGCGAGGCCUAGAGGACAAGAACCCAGAUGCGCUGUUAAUUCUCUGGGCAGUAGGUUGCUGGGCCCGGUCUCAAGCCAGAGUUUCUGAUUGAUUAGAUCUGGGUUGGAACUCAAGGAUUUGCAUUUCUAGUUAGUUCCCAGGUGAUGGCGCUGCUGCUGGUCCGGGCAUCACAAUUUGAGUGCUAUGAGGAUAUACCUUACCCUGUUCAUUUACCCUGAAAAGGGAUCAGAGUGUGCG